CGGCAUAUCCAGGAUUAUAUCCCGGAGGAUAUGUGGCAGCGAUGGCCGCCGCCGGCGUUUCCCUUCACGGACAGCCAGCCUUUUAUCACACCGGUCAUCCCUAUCAAAUAAAUCCCAACAAUCCGGGAAUGGGCCCGAUGGCGAAGAGGAAACGUCGCCAUCGGACGAUCUUCACGGAGGAACAACUGGAACAGUUGGAGGCCACCUUCGACAAGACGCAUUACCCCGACGUGCUCCUGCGGGAACAGCUGGCCCUUCAAGUGGACCUCAAGGAAGAAAGGAUCGAG